AUGGCGGAUGUUAGCCAAGAAGCACUAGACCAGCUUUUAGAAAUGGGGUUCGAAAGAAGCAAAGCACAAGAAGCCUUAUCGAAAUGUGUUGAUGUGGCCCGUGCCGUAGAAUACUGUUUUAAUCCUAACAGUGGUGAUGAAAUGAUGGCUACCCUUACGACCCUAACAGAUAAUCAAACUCCACAAACUCCAAAUGAAUGGAAUGAGUCUACCACUCCUCGCAAUGAUUCAGAUUCAAAUUUGAAUCAUGCAAUUAAUGCAUCAAUGGUAGAUGAGAAAAAUCUCCAAAGAGCAUUAUCGGAAAGUCUUCGAGAUAAAUCUACAGGUGGAGGUUAUGACAGUCAAGCUCUUGUUCUAUACAAUAAUGGUAAUAAGAAUGACAAUGAUCAAAGAACUGAUGAAGUUUUUAAUAAUUGGUCGGAUCCAGUACAACCAAUGAAACGUAUGAAGUUGGACACAACUCCGCUUGGGUUAAGAGCAAUUUCACAAUAUGGUUAUGCCGGUUCAUUUUUCCAAGCAUUAUUUCAUAUACCAAUAUUUCGAUUGGCUAUAUUAGCAUAUCGGCCAUCUCGAGAAAAUUGGGGCGCAGUAGAAGGUUAUUGGAAGGGAACUGCGAUGGGAUUACAAGUUGAGGAUAAUCAAAUGAGUUUUCAAUCAUCAGACUUCAUAUCUCAAUUAUGUACCCUUAAGUUUAUGCAUGAAUUUCAAAAACUUUUCGGGUUUUUGUCUUUGAGUAAAAGAACAUAUGGAGACGCUAGUUACUUGAUGUCCGCUUUGGAUUAUCAGGAUAAUAAGAUUUGGAAUGAUUGGGAAGCUUCUGUUCAAGAAUUUCUUAAUAAACUACUUAGUGUAAUUAUGCGUUCAUUAGCGUUGCGUGAUCUUAUUAAACUUGAAUCCGAGAUUCCAGAUUCUAUAGCAGAUGUUGGGUUUGAUAUAUUGUUAAAGUCACGUACCAGGAACGAAACCAUUAGGAAAUAUGAAGACUAUAAUUAUCAACCUGAAAGAAAGGAUGAUGAAGUUUUGAAAAUUACUCCGAGUUGUAAUACAAUUUAUGCUGCGUUUGAUCGAAAAGUACGAUCUAAAGCAGAGACGAUGCAUAAAUUGUUUUUCAUAGAUAUUGCAAAGAUUUUGAUUUUAAACUUGAAACAAGACGGAUAUACUGAUAAUAGUUUCACAUCUUCUUUUGGAAGUACGGGAUUUCAGAUUCCUAGGGAAUUAUAUAUGGAUCGAUAUAUGCUGAGUAAAGCAGAUGAUGUUGAGAGACGAUGGCAACACUUGGAGGACCUUAAGGUAGAACUAGAAGACAUAAAUCAGGAUAUUAAAAAAAUAACAGAAUUUCAGGGAAGACAUGAUGGUUCAGAUUUACUCAAAGGUUCGAUUGAUUAUUUUCGUCGCAAAUGCGGUAAAGCAAGUGAUAAUGGCGUUGAGGACGAAAAUGCGCAAAAAGUAUGUUCCUUCUUAGAGGGGGUUUUAGAAAAUGUUGAACAGAAGCUUAGAGUCCUCUUGGAGAAAAAAGAUGAAAUAGAUGGAAAAAUUAAGGACAUUUUUGAUACACCAGAUAUGAAAACAGUCGUUUAUCGGCUCAAGGCUGUUUUAGUGCGUGAUAGUCAAUUUGGACAAGGACAACAUUAUGCCUAUAUUAGAGGCAAUAAAACUGAAACCAAUUACUCUAGUAACGAUGAAAAUGGUAGUUGGUGGAAAUUCUGUGAUACGACUGUUUCAGAGACAUUUGAAGAACAAGUGCUCAAUGAUAUGUCAGGACCUUACGUGAACUCUGGCGUGUAUACUCUUAUCUACGUUGAUGCUGAUUACGAUUAUAACAUUUCGGAAAUUAAUGAUGUUAUCAUUCCUUCACUUAAGGAUUAUGUGGAAAAGGAUAAUCACGCACUUGAAGAUGAAUUAUUUAGUAAUAAUGAUCCUGUGAACAAUCAAGAUGAAUAUAUGAUUACUACGGAAGAAACUGAAUAUCAGAAUACUCAAGGAGAAUGGAAUUCUGAUUCUACAUAUAGUGGCGGUAAUGAAGAAUUAAAUGAACAAAAAACUUUGCAAAAAAUUGAUAGCCAAAUCGAAAUUACUAUACGUCAGGCGGAAAAUAUGGUAUCAAUUCAUCCAAAAAUCAACAAAAGAUUCGAAAUAUUUUGUAUUAAGCUUGAACAAAUUGAUUUGUUUAAAAACUUAAUGCAUAAAUAUUACGAUACUAACCAUAUAGAUUUGGAGUGGGAUGAACCUUCUCCACUGGAUACUAGAUAUCGAGAUGAAUCACCUUAUAAAGAAUAUGUAGAACUUUUUAACAAAUAUAAACAGAUAACUGUGUAUUUUGUUGAAGGGUUAGAACGUAUUAAGAGUGAUGAAUACAAUCAUGCGCUUGUUUACUUUAAGCAUGCAAUAAACCUGGAAAAUGACUGGCUCAACCAGCUUGUUGUAGAGGACGAAAAAGGAAAUCUGGUAACUCUACAUGGAGAAAAAUUACGACGUUCAAAUGAAAUUGAUGCUUAUGCUAGAGCAUUGCUUAAUAAUUUCGAUUCUAAAUAUCUUGAUGCUAAAUAUGUUAAGCGUGGACUUGAAGAUGCAUUACGCGCUUUAUCUUUACUUGUGGGAUAUAUUGGAGCAUCAAAUUGUGCAGAGGAUGAAUUAUUUAAAAAGCUUAAAAAUGAUGUGUUUCAGUGUUUAAGUGAACAAUAUGAAGAUGAGGAAGAACAGGAAUUAUUGCGCGAAAUAAAUGAAAAAUAUACGCAACCUGAUGAAUCGUUGAAGUUGAAACCUCUUGAGAAUAGCAGUUUACCUUACGAUGAAUAUACUUUGUAUGAUCGGUAUAAUAUACUUUUGAAAGAUUGUAGUACAAAUUUAAAGAAAUAUAAUGUACCAUAUAUUCAAUAA